AUGCAGCAGUUCGUGCUGACAAUGUUGAAAAAGCUGCUGAAUUCUACAAUAUUAAGUCGCAAAAUAUUCAGAGAUGAGGAAGAAAUAAAAUUGGUAGAAUAUAGGUUGCAAGCCUCCAAGUACCAUUACGGAUUGACAAUAUGUGAUGCACGUGCGCUUGCAUAUGAGUAUGCUUUGGCAAACGAAAAGAACAUUCCUUUAAACUGGCAGAAUGAAAAAAAAGCUAGGAAAGAGUGGUACAUUGGAUUUAAAAGAAGGCACAGUUCUAUGUUUUCACUUCGAAAACCAGAACCAACCAGCCUUUCUCGAGCCACCAGCUUUAGAAAGGACAAUGUCAGAAGUGAAAUCUUUAAUCUAGACGAAUCAGGACUCACGACUGUCCAUGUACCACCAAGAGUUAUUGCUGGAAAAGGAGUGAAGCAGGUGGGGCAAAUGACAUCUGGAGAGCGUGGUAAACUAGUAACAAUUAUUUCGGUUGUAAAUGCCAUUGGCAACUCAGUACCACCACUUUUGAUUUUCCCUAGAAAGUUUUUUAAAUAUCAUAUGUUAAAAGGAGCACCCCCUGGUACCAUUGGGGCUGCUAAUCCUAGUGGUUGGUCAACACCUCAAAUAUUUUUGCAAUAUCUCGAACACUUCGUAAAAUAUGUUAAAAUAACAAAAUACAACAACAUCGUCUUAAUAAUUGACAACCAUAAUACACAUAUAACUAUUGAAGCCAUUAAUUUCUGCAAAGAAAAUGGAAUUAUUAUGCUCACUUUGCCACCUCACACAAGUCAUAAACUGCAGCCUUUAGAUCGUACUGUAUUCAGCUCUUUUAAAGAACAUUAUAAUAUUGCUUGUAAUCAAUGGAUGCUCACACAUGCUGGAAGGCCUAUAACAAUAUAUGAUAUAGCUGAAUGUGUAGGCAAAGCAUAUCCCCUUUCCUUUACACCAAAGAAUAUUGUUUCUGGUUUUCAAGUAACUGGAAUUUAUCCCUUUAAUCGAGAUGUAUUUGAUGACAGCGCAUUUUUAUCAGCUUUUGUCACUGAUAGACCAAUGCCAUCAACAAGUUCAUCUAUGCAAAACAGGAAUGAGUCCCUAGUAAGCGAUUCACCUGUGUCGUUUUAG